CAGUAGGACUCCCGACUCCUCAGAGUCUCUCCCUACCCUCCAGAGUACCGGAGCCCCCUAAGAGGGACUUCUGGGCUCUCCCGGAAAGGACUCUGGUUUCCUCUCUUUACGAAUAUCCAGACCCACCAAAUGUCCUUGGAGAACAUGGAGGGGAAAUGCCUGCGGCCAGAAACCAAGGAUGUGAAUGGCGUGCUCAUGACCAAGUUCAUCAGCGACAACUGGGACACGAUCUGGAGCUUCCAGGCCAGGCCUGACGACCUCCUCAUCGCAACCUACGCGAAGGCAGGCACAACCUGGAUGCAGGAGAUCGUGGACAUGAUCCAGAAUGGCGGGGACCUGCUGCAGUGCCAGCGGGCCAACACCUAUGACCGCCACCCUUUCAUCGAGUGGAUGCUGCCGCCACCCCUCAAAUCCGGUCUGGAUCUGGCAAACACAAUGCCAUCCCCCAGAACACUGAAGACACACCUGCCUGCCCAGAUGCUGCCGCCCUCCUUCUGGAAGGAAAACUGCAAGAUCAUCUACGUGGCUAGAAAUGCCAAGGACUGCCUGGUGUCCUACUUCCAUUUCUCCAGGAUGAACAAGAUGGUGCCCGACCCAGGCACAUGGGAGGAGUACAUCGAGGCCUUUAAGGCUGGGCAAGUGUUGUGGGGCUCCUGGUACGACCAUGUGCAGGGGUGGUGGGACCGGAAGAACAGGCACCGCAUCCUCUACGUCUUCUAUGAGGACCUGAAGGAGGACCCAAAGAGAGAGAUCCAGAAGAUACUGCAGUUCCUGGAGAAAGACAUCACAGAGGAGGUUCUGAACAAGAUUGUCUAUCACACGUCCUUCGAUGUAAUGAAGCACAACCCCAUGGCAAACUAUACUACCCUCCCGGCCAGCAUCAUGGACCACUCCAUCUCCCCCUUCAUGAGGAAAGGGAUGCCUGGGGACUGGAAGAACCACUUCACUGUGGCCCAAAGUGAAGCAUUUGACAAGGACUACCAGCGCAAGAUGGCAGGAAGCACCCUGACCUUCCGCACAGAGAUCUGAGGGCUACAGCCAGAGGGGAUCUGCCCCAGGCCUCUUGUAGACUUCACUGGCUCGAGCCUCCAGUCCAGGAGCCUGAGGACAGACCCUUCCUACUGCUGCCAUCUACCCUAGGUCCUGGGCAGCUGUGACAGUGGUGCUCGCUGGGGUGAACAGCCCCAGAGACACUCCCUGCUGAGUUAGAGAUCAGCCCUAUGGCCCUGGUGUGGGGUUUAUCUGCCUGCCUGCCUCAGGCGAAAUAAACAAAGCUC